AUGAAUUUGGACAAGAGCUGGACUAAAAUCACUAAUAAGUUUGAUCGAAGGUUCAUCAAUGGAGCAAUGGAUUUUGCGGAAUUGGGUAAAAGAUACGUUGAUAGUCAAGGCAAUAUUCAUUGUCCAUGUAAAGAGUGUGUAAAUGCAAGAACACAUGAACCUUCAGUUGUUGCUACUCAUAUAAUUCAUAAAGGUUUUGAUCCAACAUACGACGUAUGGCUAUAUCAUGGUGAACAUCUGCCUGGUUAUGAAUCAGAUGGAUCAGACAGUGAGUAUGAACAAACUGAAAGUGAAUCAGAUGAUGACGGUGAAAGAGAGUUACUUGAUGAUGCGUUUCCAACAGGCAGCGAAAACAUAGCAGAAAACAUCAGGGAACAUGCUGAACAACAGCACAAUCCAAAUGUAGAAAAGUUAUUUGUUGAUAUGGAGAAGCCUCUAUACCUGGAAUGUGAUGAGUUUUCUGUAUUGGGCUUCUUACUGGAGCUGAUGAAUGAAGAGAAUAAAGAUUUAGAAAAUUGUCCACGUUGCAAAACUAGUCGUUAUGAAGAAAAGAGUAACGGGAAGAAGAAACCGGUAAAAGUCUUGCGUUACUUUCCUAUCACAAGUAGACUGAAGCGUUUAUACGCAUCAAGGCACACUUCUAAGGAUAUGUUGUGGCACCAUCAAAACAGAACCAAAGAGGAGGGGGUUCUUAGGCAUCCGGCAGACGGAAAGGCAUGGAAACACUUUGAUACAUUGUUUUCUGAUUUUGCAAAUGAUCCUAGAAAUGUUCGUUUAGGGCUUGCAAGUGAUGGUUUUAAUCCUUUCGGGGCAAUGAGUCUUUCGUAUAGUAUGUGGCCUGUGGUGAUCAUACCAUACAAUAUGCCUCCUUGGAAGUCUAUGGUAGAUUCUUCAUUUAUGCUAACAUUGUUAAUUCCAGGGCGCGAUACACCGGGAAAGAAUAUUGAUGUAUUUUUGCGUCCACUCAUUGAUGAGUUGAAACUUUUAUGGGAUAAGGGUGUUGAAACAUAUGAUUGUGAAUCAAAACAGACAUUCAACAUGCAUGCUGCACUUCUAUGGACAAUCAAUGAUUUUCCUGCGUAUGGUUACUUGUCUGGAUGGACCACAAGUGGAUACAAGGCAUGUCCAACAUGUAACAAUGAUGCCUGCAGUAUAGGUAUACGGGAUAAAAUAGCAUACGUGGGUCAUAGGCGAUUUCUUCCAACCAGUCACUCAUGGAGGAAAUCACGAGACUUUAAUGGGAAGAGAGAGACUAGGGAUGCACCUAAACCUAUCAGCGGAGAUUAUUGCUUACGACAGUUGGAACGUAUGAAUAUACAUCAACAUGGUAAACAUCCUGCUCUUGCAGGAACUAAAAGAAAACGGAACAGCGAGGAUCCAAAUUGGUCAAAGAAAAGUAUCUUCUUUGAACUCCCUUAUUGGCCUAAGUUGCUAAUCCGUCACAACAUUGAUGUGAUGCAUGUUGAAAAGAAUGUGUGUGAGAACGUGUUAGGAACCCUAUUAGACAUAGAUGGAAAAACGAAAGACACAAACAAAGCUCGAAUGGAUUUGGAAGAUAUGAAUAUACGAAAAGAGCUUCACUUAGUAAAAAAUAAUGAUCGCCUGCUUAAACCCCAUGCUUCGUAUGUUUUAACUCGGGAGGAGAGAAAACAUUUUUGUAAUCUAGUUAAGUCUGUGCGUUUUCCAGAUGGAUUUGCAGGAAAUUUAGAAAAAAAUGUGAUUGUUGAUCAAGGAAAGAUACAUGGACUUAAAUCACAUGAUUGUCACAUUUUACUACAACGCAUAAUUCCUAUUGCAAUUCGUCCUUUUAUGACAAAACAGAUUCGGGAUGCAUUAACAGAGUUGUCUUGGUUUUUUAAGAAACUUACUGAAGCGACAUUGUAUGUGUCAGAGUUGGAAGCGUUUCAGAAAGAGAUAGUUAUCAUUUUAUGCAAGCUUGAAAGAAUAUUUCCUCCAUCUUUUUUUACAGUUAUGGUGCACUUGUGUGUGCAUCUUCCUCAAGAGGCAAUUUUAGGAGGACCCGUGCAAUCAAGGUGGAUGUAUCCAAUCGAAAGAUACCUUGGCCAUUUAAAGAAAUAUGUAAGGAAUAAAGCUAAACCCGAAGGGUCGAUAGCAGAAGGUUAUGUUGUUGAAGAAGCUAUGACAUUUUGUUCACAAUAUUUAAGAGAUUAA